GCAUCACUCACAUUGCUCUUACAUCGAAACACGCCGCGCAGCACUCAUCAAAAAGGGAGGUUGCGCAUAUCAUAACGCGUCAUUUAGUUCCCUCCUUCUAAACAUCCGACCUAGUUCAUUGUUAUCACGUUGACUGCGAUAGCCAUCCACGUCAUCCCCGCGGUACAUCGCGGCGCGAAAGCGACCUCAUUACCCGUCGCCUAGCUGUCCAUCUCGACUGAGUCUGCGAGUUGACGAUGUCUUUUCAACCACCUCCUCCCCCUCCUGGCUGGGGACCUCCGCCGCCGCCGCCACCUCCUCCAGGGCCUCCUUCCGAUUAUCUCCCUCCCCCCCCUGGAAUUCCGGCCCCUCCACCUCCCGGUUACCGCCCGACUACCGACCCUCAUCUCGCUAAGUUUGAGCAGAAGAAGAAAGAAUGGCUGCGCACACAACGGAAUCGCUUUGGCGAGAAGCGCAAAGGGGGCUUCGUUGAAACGCAGAAAGCCGAUAUGCCCCCGGAGCAUUUGCGCAAGAUUGUGCGGGAUAUUGGCGACGUUUCACAGAAAAAGUACACGAGUGACAAGCGAAGCUAUCUUGGUGCCUUGAAGUUCAUGCCUCAUGCCGUAAUGAAACUUUUAGAGAAUAUGCCGAUGCCUUGGGAGUCUACGAGGGAGGUGAAGGUUCUUUACCACGUGAAUGGUUGCCUCACCUUAGUUAACGAGAUACCUCGCGUUAUUCCACCAGUGUUUCACGCCCAGUGGGCUACAAUGUGGUUAACUAUGCGCAAAGAGAAGAGUGAUCGAAGGUUAUUCAAGAGGAUGAGGUUCCCACCUUUUGAUGAUGAGGAACCGCCGUUGUCGUGGUCAGAGAAUCUCGAGGAUGUGGAGCCUCUCCAGCCAAUCCAACUAGAGCUCGAUGAAGACGAGGAUGCCGCUGUAUACGAGUGGUUUUACGAUCACCGGCCUCUACUGGAUACUGAACAUGUCAACGGCCCCAGUUAUAAAACGUGGAAUCUUUCAUUGCAACAGAUGGCUACCUUGCAUCGACUCAGUCGUCCCUUGCUGAGUGACAAGAUAGACCAGAACUAUUUUUAUCUCUUCGAUCUUAAAAGCUUACUCUCUGCUAAAGCCUUAAACGUCGCAUUACCUGGAGGUCCCCGAUUUGAGCCGCUCUACAAGGACAUUGAUCCGAAUGACGAGGACUUCGGAGAAUUCAAUGCCAUCGAUAGAAUUAUCUUCCGCCUACCAAUCAAGACCGAGGCCCGAGUUGCCUACCCCUAUCUUUAUAAUAAUCGACCACGAAGCGUUCACUCACACUGGUACUCACAUCCACCCAACGUAUACCUGAAAUCCCAGGAUCAUAGCAUGCCAGCCUAUUAUUUUGAUUCCCAGAUCAAUCCUAUUUCUUCCCGAUCUGUUGCGCCAAAGAAUAUUACCAUAAGCCACGAGGAUGAGAUUUUUGGCGAAGGAAGCAAUGAGGAACCCGAUGAAGAAGCUUUCACGUUGCCCGCAGCCGUCGAGCCAUUCUUGGCCGAUGAGGAGCUAUACACUGACGACACGGCAGCAGCCAUUGGGCUCUGGUGGGCGCCCUUCCCUUUCGAUCGCCGUUCAGGUCGCAUGGUGCGAGCUCAAGACAUUCCUCUUGUUAAGCACUGGUACUUAGAGCAUUGUCCACCAAAACAACCUGUUAAAGUUCGCGUCUCAUAUCAGAAACUACUAAAAACUUUCGUGCUUAAUGAACUACAUAAGCAAAAGCCCAAGGCGCUCAAUAGACAGGAUCUACUAAGGAGCUUGAAGCAGACCAAAUUCUUCCAGCAGACCACUAUUGAUUGGGUUGAGGCCGGUUUGCAGGUCUGUCGGCAAGGAUUCAACAUGUUGAACCUCCUCAUUCAUCGAAAGAAUCUUACAUAUCUUCACCUCGACUACAACUUCAACCUAAAGCCUGUGAAGACGUUGACUACUAAAGAACGAAAGAAGUCACGUUUCGGCAACGCGUUCCAUCUGAUGCGCGAAAUCCUUCGUCUAACAAAGCUUAUCGUUGAUGCACAGGUUCAAUACCGGCUUGGAAAUAUUGACGCUUUCCAGCUUGCCGAUGGUAUUCUAUACGCGUUCAAUCACGUUGGUCAGCUAACCGGGAUGUACCGGUAUAAGUAUAAACUCAUGCAUCAGAUUCGUACCUGUAAGGAUCUGAAGCAUUUGAUUUACUACCGAUUCAACAGCGGGCCUGUUGGUAAGGGACCUGGUUGUGGCUUCUGGGCACCAGCCUGGAGGGUUUGGCUCUUCUUCAUGCGAGGCAUAAUACCUCUGCUCGAACGAUGGCUGGGCAACCUACUUUCUCGUCAAUUCGAAGGACGUCACAGCAAAGGUGUGGCUAAGACGGUUACUAAACAACGAGUCGAAUCGCAUUUCGACCUCGAGCUUCGCGCUUCCGUUAUGGCUGAUCUCAUGGAUAUGAUGCCUGAAGGCAUCAAGCAGAACAAAGUCAACACCGUUCUCCAGCAUUUGUCGGAAGCGUGGCGAUGCUGGAAAAGUAAUAUUCCUUGGAAGGUUCCUGGACUUCCCGCCCCUAUUGAAAACAUAAUUCUGCGGUAUGUGAAGUCAAAGGCAGACUGGUGGAUCUCGGUGGCGCAUUACAAUCGUGAACGCAUCAGGAGAGGUGCUACGGUUGAUAAAACCGUUGCUAAGAAGAAUGUUGGCCGGUUAACUCGACUUUGGCUGAAAGCUGAACAAGAACGACAGCAUAAUUACAUGAAGGACGGUCCAUACGUCUCUUCAGAAGAGGCCGUUGCGAUCUAUACCACUACUGUGCAUUGGCUUGAAUCUCGGAAAUUUACGCCCAUUCCCUUCCCGAGUGUGUCGUACAAGCACGACACGAAGAUACUGAUUCUUGCCCUCGAAAGACUUCGCGAAGCAUACUCCGUAAAGGGUCGCCUCAACCAGAGUCAACGAGAAGAACUUGCUCUGAUCGAGCAAGCAUAUGACAGUCCGGGUACAACAUUGGAGCGGAUAAAACGUUUCCUCCUAACGCAACGUGCGUUCAAAGAAGUUCAGAUAGACAUGAACGACAACUACAGCUCGAUUAAUCCGGUGUAUGACAUUGAACCAAUCGAAAAGAUCAGUGACGCAUAUCUCGAUCAGUAUCUCUGGUACCAGGCAGAUCAACGACAUCUCUUCCCUGCGUGGAUCAAGCCUUCAGAUUCUGAAGUGCCUCCACUUUUAGUAUACAAGUGGGCACAGGGCAUUAAUAACCUAGAUAAAGUCUGGGAAACAGCUGAUGGAGAGUGCAAUGUCAUGAUUGAGACGGAGCUUUCUAAGGUUUACGAAAAGAUUGAUUUGACACUCUUAAACCGUCUCCUACGACUAAUCAUGGAUCACAAUUUAGCUGAUUACAUCAGCUCCAAGAACAACGUCCAAUUGACAUAUAAAGACAUGAAUCACGUCAAUAGCUAUGGUAUGAUUCGUGGUCUGCAGUUCUCGGGCUUUGUGUUCCAGUACUACGGUCUUGUUCUUGAUCUCUUACUCCUGGGAUUGAAUCGUGCCAGCGAGAUUGCGGGGCCUCCAGGAAGCCCGAACGACUUCCUUCAAUUCCGUGACCGUGAGACGGAGACCAAACACCCCAUUCGCCUAUACACCCGGUACAUCGAUAAGAUCUGGGUGUUCUUGAGAUUUAAUGCUGAAGAAUCUCGUGAUCUCAUUCAGCGAUUCCUCACAGAGCAACCUGACCCGAAUUUUGAGAAUGUUAUUGGCUACAGGAGCAAAAAGUGUUGGCCAAGAGAUUCUCGUAUGCGACUCAUGCGCCACGACGUCAAUCUUGGGCGUGCUGUCUUUUGGGACCUCAAGAAUCGUCUCCCACGAUCUGUUACGACGAUUGAGUGGGAUGACACAUUUGCGAGCGUCUAUAGUCGCGAUAACCCGAACCUUCUAUACUCAAUGUGCGGCUUCGAAGUCCGUAUCUUGCCCAAGAUCAGAAACCAAAACGACGAAUUCCCUACCAAGGAUAGCGUUUGGUCUCUGGUAGACAACACAACCAAAGAAAGAACUGCCCAUGCGUUCUUGCAGGUGACAGAAGAGGACAUACAGAAGUUUAACAACCGUAUUCGACAGAUUCUUAUGUCGUCGGGAUCUACCACGUUCACUAAGAUUGCCAAUAAGUGGAACACUGCACUAAUUGCUUUAUUCACCUAUUAUCGUGAGGCUGCAGUCUCAACUGUCAAUCUCCUCGAUACAAUCGUGAAGUGCGAGACUAAGAUCCAAACUCGUGUUAAGAUCGGCUUAAACUCAAAGAUGCCGUCGCGUUUCCCUCCUGCUGUCUUCUACACACCGAAGGAACUAGGAGGUCUCGGUAUGAUUUCAGGUUCUCAUAUUUUGAUUCCUGCAAGUGACAAGCGAUGGUCACAGCAGACAGACCUUGGAGUCACUCAUUAUCGCGCUGGUAUGACACAUGACGAAGAAACUCUAAUACCAAACAUCUUCCGCUACAUUAUACCGUGGGAGGCUGAGUUUAUUGAUUCUCAAAGAGUGUGGACAGAAUAUUCACAGAAGCGAUUGGAGGCGAACCAGCAGAACAGGCGCCUUACUCUGGAAGAUCUGGAGGACAGUUGGGAUCGUGGAUUGCCUCGAAUUAAUACCCUAUUCCAGAAGGACCGGAGCACUCUUAGCUUCGACAAGGGAUUCCGUACCAGAAGUGAAUUCAAGAUUUAUCAACUAAUGAAGAGUAACCCUUUCUGGUGGACUAGUCAGCGUCACGAUGGAAAGCUGUGGAAUCUCAAUGCCUACCGAACUGAUGUAAUUCAAGCCCUGGGUGGUGUCGAGACAAUCCUGGAGCACACAUUGUUCAAAGCAACGGGCUUCCCCAGUUGGGAGGGUCUUUUCUGGGAACGUGCUUCAGGUUUCGAAGAGUCGAUGAAAUUCAAAAAGUUGACCAAUGCCCAAAGAUCGGGUUUGAACCAAAUUCCCAAUCGUCGAUUCACGUUAUGGUGGUCUCCGACCAUCAACCGUGCCAACGUUUACGUCGGUUUCCAAGUCCAGCUUGAUCUCACCGGUAUCUUCCUUCACGGUAAGAUUCCGACGCUGAAGAUCUCGUUGAUCCAAAUCUUCCGUGCCCACUUGUGGCAGAAGAUUCACGAAUCUGUAGUUAUGGAUUUCUGCCAGGUCUUUGACCAAGAGCUCGAGGCCCUCGGUAUCGAAACGGUGCAAAAAGAGACUAUCCAUCCUCGAAAAUCGUAUAAAAUGAACAGUUCUUGUGCCGAUAUUCUCCUGUUUGCCAACAGUAAAUGGAAUGUCACUCGACCAUCGCUUCUUUAUGAUACCAAAGAUGUCAUCGAGCCGACAGCAACGAACAAGUUCUGGCUGGAUAUCCAGCUUCGAUAUGGUGAUUACGAUUCUCACGACAUUGAACGGUAUACUCGUGCAAAAUAUCUCGACUACACCAACGACAACAUGAGUAUCUACCCUUCUGCUACAGGUUUAAUGAUUGGUAUUGACCUGGCAUAUAACUUGUAUUCCGCAUACGGUCAAUAUUUCCCUGGUUUGAAGAUCCUGGUACAGCAGGCGAUGGCCAAGGUCAUGAAAGCAAACCCCGCUCUUUACGUUCUACGCGAACGUAUCAGAAAAGGUCUCCAGCUUUAUGCGUCAGAGAGUAACCAGGAGUUUUUGAACUCCCAAAACUACUCAGAACUUUUCAGCAACCAGACGAAGCUAUUCAUCGAUGAUACCAACGUGUACCGAGUGACCAUCCACAAGACCUUCGAGGGUAACUUGACCACAAAGCCUAUCAACGGCGCCAUUUUCAUCUUCAAUCCCCGUACUGGACAACUUUUCUUGAAGAUCAUUCACACUAGCGUUUGGGCUGGCCAGAAGCGUCUCGGUCAACUAGCCAAGUGGAAGACCGCCGAAGAAGUUGCGGCUCUCAUCCGUUCUCUACCCAUUGAGGAACAGCCAAAGGAGCUCAUCGUCACUAGAAAGGGUCUUCUAGACCCUCUGGAAGUCCAUCUUCUAGACUUCCCCAACAUCUCCAUUCGAGCGUCUGAGCUACAGUUGCCCUUCCAGGCCGCAAUGAAAGUUGAGAAGCUCGGUGAUAUGAUUCUCCGUGCCACCGAACCCCAGAUGGUUCUCUUCAACUUGUAUGAUGAAUGGUUGAAGAACGUGUCUUCUUACACCGCUUUCUCACGUCUGGUCUUGAUUCUACGUGCUCUUCACGUCAAUCCUGACAAGACAAAACUUAUCCUGCGACCUGACAAAACUGUCAUAACACAAAUGCAUCAUAUCUGGCCAACCCUAGAGAACGAAGACUGGAUUAAGGUGGAAACACAGUUACGAGAUCUGAUCUUGCACGACUAUGGCAAGAAGAAUAAUGUCAAUGUCUCGAGUUUAACCAGCAGCGAAGUAAGAGAUAUCAUUCUGGGUAUGGAGAUUUCUGCGCCGUCGAUGCAACGGCAACAAGCGGCAGAGAUAGAAAAACAACAGCAGGAGCAACAGCAGCUUACAGCCGUCACAACUAAAACCCAGAAUGUCCAUGGCGAAGAAAUUAUUGUAACCACCACAUCACAAUUCGAACAGCAAACAUUCGCUUCUAAGACAGAAUGGAGGACGCGGGCAAUCGCCACAUCCAACCUGCGUACCCGAUCCAACAAUAUCUACGUCUCAUCUGUGGAUAAUGACUUGGAUGAUAUCACCUACGUCAUGCCGAAUAACAUCUUGAAGAAAUUCAUUACCAUUGCCGAUCUUCGUGUCCAGGUGACAGGGUAUCUAUAUGGUGUCUCUGCUCCAGACAAUGAUCAGGUCAAGGAGAUUCGUUGUAUCGUUCUGGUGCCUCAAAUAGGAGGCCUACGCAGUGUCCAACUUCCUCAACAAUUGCCACAGCAUGAGUAUCUUGGGGACCUAGAACCAUUAGGUGUUAUUCACACGAUGGCUGGCAACGAAUUACCGUAUAUGUCGGCGGCGGAUGUGACAGAGCACGCUCGACUGCUUGAUGCCCAUCCAAAAUGGUCCAAGGAGAACAGUAUCACAGUUGACGUCGCCUUCACACCCGGCUCCGUGUCCCUUUCUGCUUGGGCAUUGACCCCAACCGGCUACAAGUGGGGUGCCGAGAACAAGGACAUUGGCAGCGACCAACCACAGGGGUUCACCACAUCCAUGGGUAUCAAGCGCAAGUUAUUGCUGAGCCCACGGUACAAGGGUUACUUCUUAGUUCCUGAAAGCGGCAAGUGGAACUACAGCUUCAUGGGUAGUAGUUUCGCCGGUCUAGAGAAGAAGCCAGUCCACGUCAAGCUGGAUGCGCCACUACCCUUCUACAGUGAUCAGCACCGUCCUCUUCAUUUCCAGAAUUUUGCGGAGCUUGAGGAUAUUGGUGUGGACCGAAACGACAACUUCGCAUAAGCGCUGAGAGUUGGUAAAAGAGAAAAUUUCGUGUGUUGCGACGUUGUGAGGGCAAAUGCUCGUGAAAUUUUUGCAUUUUAGGCGACAGUGAGGCGUUCGAGGCAUGGUUUUUGUGGCAUUCACGCGAGGUGAUGAAGGAGAAGCUCUGAAAAUUCUCCUUGUAUCGAGUACAACGAAGGAAUUUGUGUACAUUUUCCCAAACACCGCAGUGCUAAAUUGUAAGGUGGCUAAGGAGGAAGAAAGCGGUGUGCAAGAAUAUGAUAAUACUACCAUAUAAUUUAGCAAUUUAAGACGGUAUGUCUCAUGUUAGUCUAGUUUUUUUUUUUUUUUCGAGAAGAUGCUGUAAUCCUACAGUGACUCAUGUCUAUAAUCCAUCUGCACAUAUCUUGAGGUCUUUGAUAUUAGCUUGGUACUUCCCCUAUUUUCUACUGACGCUACUAUACCCUAGGUAGAUGAUUAAAGGCUUGCUGUACAACGCUUAUACAACCACGAAAU